AUGGAAUCACAACGCAACAAGGAACCACCACUCUGCGCUAAUGGCUGUGGCUUCUAUGGAACAGUACAGAAUCGGAAUUUAUGCUCCAAGUGUUAUGAAGAAUACCAACAGCAAGAAGAGAAUGCUUCUAGUUUCUUACAUGGGAAAGUUAAAUGCUCAAGGUUGCUGAAGCAUCAUCAGCGUAGUAUAUUACUGACAGAAGUGUCGAAUACAGUUGAAGAAGAUCCCAAGAAGCUCAAGCUCUAUUCCUACUGGAGAAGCUCCUGCUCCACCCGCGUUCGGAUUGCUCUCAAUCUCAAAGGCCUAAGCUUUGACUAUGUAGCUGUUAACAUGGCCAAAGGGGAUCAGUUGACUGCUGAAUAUUUGAAACUCAAUCCUCUUGGCUAUGUGCCUGUGUUGGUGGAUGGUGACACUGUUGUUUUCGACUCUUUUGCCAUCUUAAUGUAUCUCGAUGACAAGUAUCCACAGCACCCAUUGCUGCCUCAUGAUCUUCAGAAAAAAGCUAUUAAUUACCAGGUAGCAAAUAUUGUUUCCUCAAGAAUACAGCCACUUCAGAAUCAACCUAUGCUAAAUUUUGUAGAGGGAAAAGUUGGUCUUGAUGAGAAGCUUGCUUGGGCUCAAUAUCACAUAGGCAAAGGCUUUGCAGCACUUGAGAAGCUGCUGAAAGAUCAUGCUGGAAGAUAUGCAACUGGAGAUGAAGUUUUCCUGGCAGACAUAUUUCUAGCAGCACAGAUUCAUCCAGCAAUUAAAAAAUUCAAUGUAGAUAUGACUCAGUUCCCUCUUCUACUGAGGUUGUAUGCAGCAUACAAUGAGAUACAAUCCUUCCAGAACGCUAUGCCUGGGAAACAGCCAGAUACCCCUCCAUCCAGCACCAGUUAAAUCAAUUGUAGAUUUUGAAGGUACAAAGAAGAACAGUAGAAGCAUAAUGAGUAAUAUGUGGCUGAAAGUGGAGUUUCUAGUUUAUUUUCUUUUCUGUUGUGUAAUGUGCUUGCAGCAGAAUUUUAUUGAUCCUGUAGUUCUUAUUUUGACCAGUUUAACAUCAAUGAUCAAAUGAGCACUAAU